CUUUUCCCCCUUUUCCUUCACUUUCUCUCUCUAUCCUCUCUCUCUCUCUCUCUCUCUCUCUCUCUCCUGUUGAGAAAUUUUCAGUUUGGGAAUUGAAGAUAAGACAGCUCGUUUUUCUUAUCCUAAACUUCAUGAUUCGAUGAGGUGAAACGCUUAUGUCUUCACGUUUACGGAUUCUUCUGGGUUGAUGAUUGGCGGUUAAACUUAAGGCGGAGAUAAUGGCUUUGGUCACUCAUCAAAUGCAGGGUUCUUAUGUAACAUUACCCUCAAGACCCUUACCAUGGAUCAAGGGAGUCAAAUGGAAGAGAUAUGUAACAACAGUUCACGUGGCUGCGAGAACAGAUAGGCCUUUUUUACUGAAGGGGAAUAUUUGUUUAAGUGUAGGGGCUUCUUGUGUACGCAGACCAAAACUUAAAGCUUUGCGAAUUUCAGCCUUUAAAGGUAGUGCUCAAAAUGGCGAACCUGGAGGAAGAGCAAGUGGAUCAAAGACUGCCAAGAACUCAAUCAAAUUAAAAGAGAGUGAGGGUGCCAUAACAGAAUCUACCCAGGCAAAUGAGAUUUCACUUUCCUACACCGCUGAGGCAAAUGAGAGUGUCGGGCCAUCCCCUGCUAUUCACGAACUAUUUAAAAAAUGGUUGACAAACUUGCGCACACAAUCCUCAGGUGCUGCAGUGGAUGAAAUUUUAGAAGAGGAACCAUCUCCAAGAGAGAUGUCAGAAACUGAACUUGCGACUAAGAACAAGGAAAGAAGUGUGAUUCUAAAGGCAGUUUGGAGCCAUUUUCUGGGUCUGGAUGCAACAAUUAAGAUACCCUUGCUGAUUUUCAUCCCUUUCUACCUGGCAGUUAAUGUGAUAUAUGGGGCUGAAGUUUCAAAGGAGUUGACUCCGUUGUGGGUUGUCGGGCCUGUUAUUGUAGUUCUUUACAUAAAGAUGCUUCGGUGGUUAUUUGCACUCUAUGUCUUCUCCUUCAGGCAGACGGUAAAAGUCAUCAAGAACUUACCCGUGUACUACAGCUACCUUGUCCAAGGAAAGCUUAAGGAGGAGUUCCGUUCUCGCUUUUGGCAACCUGUAGUAAAUAUUAAAAACCUGAACUACAAAGAGUUUUCCAAAACAAAGCUGAAAGAAUUGCAAGUAUGGCUGGUGGAGAGGUACCUUGACUUUGUGGAGUCGAUAUGGCCAUAUUAUUGCAGAACAAUAAGGUUUCUAAAGAGGGCCAAUCUCAUUUAGAUUUUGGAGAGUGUAUUAAGAGAGGUCUUCAGUCAGAUAGGGGCCGAAUUGAGUGGCUUCUGAUGGUGACUGUUGGAGGAAGUUUGACAUUUAUAGAGACAGCUAGCCAACCCGUUUUUGCAAUGGGGUUCUUCGUAUCUUGAGCUAGUUAGAGAAAAAAUGAUUAUGCAGAGUUGUCUGAUUUCUAUAAUUUUUUUUCAUAAGGCAGUAAAUUUAUUUUUGGAUGAGGUUGGUAUCAAUUUAUUUCUGUUGUAUUUAGCUUUUAUUGUUUAUGACCCCUUAAUGAGAUAGAACGAUUGGAAAUCGAUUCAGCAGUAGAGUUUUGAUGUUCCCAAGUCUAGUCUCAAAAGUACAUGUUUCCAUUAUCUACUAUUUU